CCUGCUGGCGGCGCUGUGGUGCUCCGGGGGAGCGCGCAGUUGCCCCGUGCAGCUGCGCGGCUGCAAGUGCGUGGGCGAGAGGCCGAAGGGGCUCCCGGCUCCGGCCAGGAAGAGGGUCAGCUGCAGCGGCGAAGAGCUCGUGGAACCGCCGGCGCCCCGCGUCCUCCCCAACGGCACCGUCACCCUGCUUUUGAGCAACAACAAGAUCGCAACAUUAAAAAACGGCUCUUUCUUUGGACUGCUUGCUCUCGAGAAGCUAGACCUAAGGAACAACUUGAUCAGCACCAUCCAGCCUGGAGCAUUUCUCGGCCUCUCGGACCUGAAACGUCUGGAUCUCUCCAACAAUCGGAUUGGCUGCCUCAGUGCUAGCCUCUUCCAGGGACUGGUCAGCCUCGUCCGUUUGAACAUGUCGGGGAAUAUUUUCUCCAGCCUCCAGCAUGGGGUCUUUGAUGAGCUGCUGUCUCUGAAAGUCCUUGAUUUUGCCACCGAACACCUGACAUGCGACUGCAACAUGCGCUGGGUCCUAGCCUGGUCCAAGAACCGUUCCGUCCAGAUAUCCGAUAAGACGUUGUGCGUCUACCCCGGCGGCCUGCACGGGAAGCCGCUACGGACCACCAGGGAAAGCCAGAUGCGCUGCGAAGGCGCUCCAGAGCUGCACACCCACCAGCUGAUCCCUUCUCUGCGGCAAGUUGUCUUCCAAGGCGACCGCCUCCCUUUCCAGUGCACAGCGACCUACCUGGACAACAGCACGCACAUCCUUUGGUACCACAACCGUGCCCUGGUGCAAGGCGAUGAACGCAGCGGCGUCAUCCUGGAGCGGAGCCUCGUCCAUGAUUGCACUUUCAUCACAAGCGAGCUCAUCCUGUCCAACAUCCACGUCUCGGCCAGCGGCGAAUGGGAAUGCACCAUCUCCACUGCUCAGGGCAACGUGAGCAAGAAAGUAGAGAUAGUUGUGCUGGAGACCUCAGCCUCGUACUGCCCACCUGAGCGGGUGACCAACAACCGAGGAGACUUCAGGUGGCCGCGCACCUUGGCUGGCAUCACUGCUUACCAGUCGUGCCUGCAGUACCCCUUCACCUCUGGGAAUGGAGGCCCUGGUCGGGAAAAGCAGGCAUGGAGACGCUGUGACCGCACGGGCCGCUGGCAGGAGGGGGACUAUUCCCACUGCUUGUACACCAACGAUAUCACCCGUGUCCUCUACACCUUUGUGCUGAUGCCCAUCAAUGCCUCCAAUGCGCUGACCCUGGCCCACCAACUGCGCGUCUACACGGCUGAGGCUGCCAACUUCUCAGACAUGAUGGACGUCAUCUACGUGUCCCAGAUGAUCGAAAAGUUCACCGGUUAUGUGGACCAGAUCAAGCAGCUCACAGACGUCAUCGUGGAGAUGGCCAGCAACAUGAUGCUGGUGGACGACCACGUGCUGUGGAUGGCGCAGAUCGAGGACAAGGCCUGUACCACCAUCGUCCGCUCUCUGGAGAAGAUUGCCGGCUACACCCUCAGCACCAACUCUCAGCACAUGGCUGUGAACUCCAGGAACAUCGCCUUCGAGGCCUACCUGAUCAAGCCAGACAGCUACGUGGGCCUGAGCUGCACAGCUUUCCAGAAGCGCGAGGCGGUGCUGGGCGGUCGUUCCCCGCGGCAAGAGCGGUAUGCCGAGUCCCUGGCGGACCAGCAGCUGAAGUUCCGGUGCACCACGGGCCGGCCCAACAUUUCCCUGGCCAGCUUCCAUGUCAAGAACAGUAUCGCUCUGGCCUCCAUCCAGCUGCCUCCUGGCCUCUUCUCCCCAUCGGUUCCUCCCCGUCUCCAGGCCCCCGAGUGCAAGCUCCAGUUCCUGGUGUUCCGCAAUGGCAAGCUCUUCUGCAGCACUGGGAACUCAUCGCACCUCGCCGAUGAUGGGAAACGGCGCAGCGUGGCCACGCCAGUGAUCUAUGCAGGCACACAUGGCUGCGGAGUGAGCAACCUGAGCGAGGCCGUCAUCAUCACGCUGCGGCAUCUGGACGAGGGGACGGACCGCGCAGCUGCUUACUGGGACUUCGACGUGCUGGCUGGCUACGGCGGCUGGAGAGCGGAAGGCUGCCAGCUGAUGGGCCUGGAGCCCAACGUCACCACCGUCAGCUGCCGGCACCUCAGCAACGUCGCUGUGCUGAUGGAGCUGAGCAGUUUCCCACGUGAGUCGCAGAGCCCCGCUGAGGUGCUGCAUCCGGUCAUUUACAGCUGCACGGCCCUCCUCCUCCUGGGCCUCUUUGCCACCAUCAUCACCUACAUCAUCAACCACAGCACCAUCCACAUCGCACGCAAAUGCUGGCACAUGCUGCUUAACCUCUGCUUUCACAUCGCCAUGACGUCCGCCGUGUUUGCGGGCGGCAUCACCCUCACCAACUACGUGGUCAUCUGCCAGGCGGUUGGCAUUAUUCUCCACUAUUCAACCUUGUCGACUCUUCUGUGGAUGGCGGUGAUGGCGCGGGUGAUCUACAAGGAAGCCACAUGGAAAGCACCCCAGCAGCAGGAAGGGGAAGCACCCCAGCCCGCCCCGCGCCCAAUGCUACGGUUCUACCUGAUUGCUGGGGGCAUCCCUCUAAUUAUCUGUGGGAUUACAGCCGCAGUCAAUAUCCACAAUUACGGGGAUCACGACUCCUACUGCUGGCUGGCUUGUCGGCCGAGCAUUGGGGCCUUCUACGUACCCGCGGCGUUCAUCUCGCUCGUCACCUGGAUUUAUUUCCUGUGUGCCGGAAUCAGCUUGCAGUGCCAAGCCAAGGACCCCAAAGAGAUGCCCAAGCCCCUGGAGACGCGGCAGCGCCUGGGCGGCAGCAGCAACCUCCUGACCGACUCGGGCUCCAUCUCGGUCACGCUGAAUCCCAGCCCCCAUGCCGCCGAUGUCGACGGCGUCUACUCCCUGGGGGUGCAGUUCUGGGCCCUUGUGGUCACCCACUUCCUCUACAUCACGCUGUGGACAUUUGGGGCCCUGGCGGUGUCCCAGCACUGGGUCCUCCUGAAGGUGGUCUUCAGCUGCCUCUACGGAGUCACGGCCGGGGCACUGGGGCUCUUCAUCUUUGUCCACCACUGCGCCCGGCGCAGAGAUGUGCAGAGCUCGUGGUUUGCCUGCUGCCCGUCUUACAGGAAUGCUUUGCCCAUGCAAGCCUACGUGCACCCAGGGGUGGGGGUGGAGGACGGCUCGCAGGUCUUCAUCGGCUGCAGCCCCGAGGUGGCUCAGUCCAUCAAGUCAUCGCCUUCUCCCAGCAGCACCGGUUCGGCCCCCGGGCCCUGCAAGCUAAACAACCUGCAAGUAGCCCUCGGCCAGGCCGACGCCAACCCUUUGCCGGCCGCCGGCUACGAGGAAGCGGAGCCUUCCAACAGCAAGAGUGCCGCCCCGGCCAGGUAUGCCAACAACCUCCAUGGGCGGAGCAGGCACCACAAAAGCAGGACUAAGCAGUAUCGGGAAGGGAAGCACCAGCGUCUGAAGGCGUUGCGGGGAGGGCCUUCCUCGGAGCACCCCACCAGCGAGAGCGGGAGCCUCCACAACAGCCAUUCGGAGAGCUACCAAAGCAGCCGGAACAGCCCCUUGAACAAUCGCCGCCCGGGGGUGCUUCCCAGCCUGGAGUCGGCCCUGACGCCGUCCGACUUGAGCGACGGCAGCGGCGGCCACCAGGUGGCGGACUUUGGCCGGGCGGCCCAGCGGAGGAGCGCCAGCCGGGACAACCUCAAGCACCAGGCCGCUGCCGCCGCCGCGGAAAAAGAGACUAAGAGGCGGUCCUUUCCGCUCAACGCAGCCAAUCAGAAUGGGGGCCUGAAAGGCAGCAAGUAUGACAUCAACCUCACUGGCGCCGACAGCGCAGCAGGCAUGAAAACGGGUCUCUGGAAGAGCGAGACGACGGUGUAGGAGGGAGGGUCAGAGGGCCAGGCAACUGCAGCUCUGGAAUGGGUCCCCCCCCUACCCUGUCAGGCAGGAAGCCGCAAGGCAUAGGUGUCUGGCUGCCGGAGCCUACCAAAGAAAGCUUCAGAGGUGGCCAUUAUGCACUAUAUAUGGGCUUGGGCGGCCAUGCUCCUUGCCAGCCUGCCUGCCGUAGAGAGGCAGGGUCACCCGGCACUCGAAUGGUAGGGUGGGGAAGUAUCUGAGUCCCACGUUGUAGGAACCACAGUAUACUCCUCAACCCUGAUAUUCAGUGCGCCAGGGGCUCUUGCUAUUCUUUGUCCCAGGGGAACUUUCGCUCACCUUGGAACGAGCCGAGAGCCUCCGCCGCUCUGAGGUGCUAAAAUUGUACGCUGAAAGACAAUCAUUUGUUCUCGAGCAUCCCAGAGCAGUUGCAACCCUAUCCUACGCUAUCUCUCUCUCUGCAUG